AUGGCGGAGGAAGCUGACGCGCAAUUCCGGAAUGAGGUUCGCUGCUUGGCAGCUGCGCAGGCGGAAUGUGCGAACAAAGCUGCAGAACAGAUGCAGGAGAUGCGUGUCGUGCAGUCGGAAGGGCAACUGCAGCAGAGCUCAUUCGAAUCUCAGACUGCUGCAUUGCGUUCACAAGUUUCGGGUCUUCAGGAGGCAAUUGUUCAACGAGAGGCGCAAGCCCGUGAGUUGCAGGACCGGUUGCAGAUGCAGAAGCAGAUGUUGGAGGACGCCGGCGCUCAAUUUCGUCACGAGGCUCGCUGCUUGGAUGAGGUCCGCGCCAUUGGUCGGGAGACGGCUGCAGAGCAAAGGCUGGAGUUGCGCGUGCUGCAUUCGGAAGAGCAGAUGCAGCGGAGCGCAUGGGAAUCACAGAAUGUUGCGCUGCAUUCAGAGAUUUCGGUUCUUCAAGAAGCAAAUGCCCAACGGGAUGUACGAGCGCGUGAGCUACAUGGCCAGCUGCACAAACAAGAGCAGACUGCGGAGGAAGCUGACUCGCAGUUCCGUCAUGAGGUUCGCUGCUUACAAGAUGUGCGGAUGGAAUGUGCGAGCAAAACUGCAGAAGAGAUGCAGGAGAUGCGUGUUGUUCUUUCGGAAAGGCAACUGCAGCGGAGCGCGUGGGCAUCGCAGAAUGCUGCGUUGCAUUCAAAGAUUUCGGCUCUUCAAGAAGCAAAGGCCCAGCAGGAUGCACGAGCGCAUGAGCUACAGGGCCAGUUACACAAGCAGGAGCAGACGGCAGAGGAAGCCAACGCACAGUUGCGUCAUGAAGUUCGCUGCUUAGAAGAUGUGCAGGCGGAAUGUGCGAACAAGGCUGCAGAACAGAUGCAGGAGAUGCGUGUCGUGCAGUCGGAAGGGCAACUGCAGCGGAGUGCAUUGGAAUCUCAGACUGCUGCAUUGCGUUCACAAGUUUCGGGUCUUCGAGAAGCCCGGUGUCAGUGGGACAUUCAACUUCGCGAGCUGGAGGCCGCCCUCCUGCAAGCUGAAGCGCAUGCAGCUGAGCAGAAGGGACAGUUCAUGGAACAGCAACACUCAUUAGAGGUAGCAGAGGUGCAACUCCAUCUCAAGUUGGAGAUGUGCGAAGCCACAGAGAGCAGAACCAAGCACCAACACGUGCAAGCGGAGUCGCGCGAACUGAGUGUGGAAUGUCAGGAGCUCAAUACCAAAUGGUUGGGUGCAACAGAGACCAUUGGAUGUCUGGAACUGGACAUGCAAAAGCUCGAGUCCCAGGCUGAGAGAUUACGUGCAGAAGCCGACGCUCACGAGUGCCUUGUCGCAUCGGAGCGAGAGGAGUCGACCUACAAACAAGCGCUGGCAGCAUCGCGAGCAGCCAGUUACGAGCAAGAAGAAGAUCUUUGCCAAAUGCGGCAGAAAGCGUUGGAGUCGCAAAAUGAAGCUCUGCAAUCUUGGUGCUCUUCGUUGCAAGAACAGAACUUGCAGUUGCAAAGUGUGCGGACACAAGAUGAGAUGCGCUGGCUCUCAGAGUGCAGGGAAACAGAUUUGCUCCGACAACGCUUGCUUGAAGCACACGAGUUGCAAGCAGGCGCUUCUGGUCGGGAACCAACUCUAUGUGAAGAGGUCAGCUGCCUGAGAGAAGCCAAUGCAGCCUUCGAGGACACCGUGGGUGAGAUCAAAUGUCGCCACCGGCAGAUGCAAGAAGAGUCAGAACGCCGCCGGUCAGAAUGCGAAGAACUCACUGCAUGCUGGCUGUCUGCCUGUGAGGAGGUUGACUCCAUGCAGCUUGGCAUGUGGCAGCUGAAGGCCCAAGUCGAGAAUGCACAGAAGAAGAGCGAACAACUGGUGGUUGAUUGCAAAGCCUUCAAGAAAGAGCGCGCUGAAAGUCACGAGCAGAGUGCCAGGUUGCAGCUGCAGGUGCGUCAGUGUCGCACGCAGUUAGCGGCGCUUCAGCAAGAGGUCGUGAUGGAAGGGUUGAGUUUCGUGCGUCCGGACAGCCAAGUGCAGAGGACCAUCUGGGAAUCGCGGAAUGCAGAACAGCGUUCACAAGUUCCGGGUAUUGUAACUGUUCAUCAAGCAGCACGAGCCGCGCAAGCCUAUGAGUUGCCGGACCAGCUGCAGACAGACAAGCAAUUGUCGGAAGAAGUGCAAGCAGCAGAGCAGUUGCGCCGAUUUUCCCGCCAGUCCUUUUGGGGCCCAGCCGGCGGCCACACCACAACGGGAUCAACGAGGUCCUCCGGUGGUGUUUGCCGCUGUCGUAUGCUGCUUCGAAAUGCUUGCUUGGUCAUUUGGCGACACUGGACGGUGGAGAGGAAGUAUGCACAACGCCACGCAGUUACUUUGAAUGUGGAAAGAUGGCCCCUGGCCUUGGCGUUCACGGUCUGGGCAAGGUCGAGUGAGACUGCGACAUUUCGCAUCCGCCAUGGGCUGCGUCUGUUGUACGCCGCAGUGCUGAGUGCACAGCGACGAUGUUUGCUCCAGGCAACCCGCUGCCUGCUGGGCCGCUCCAAAGACACCGUGCUGGUAGCUCUCACGGAUGCAGCCUCUGCGCAAAGUGACAGAACGUACCAGCGAAGACGUAGUGUGGUUGAUCGAUUUGUGGUUGGGCACCUUCCAGCGCGUCGCAGAGUGCUGGAGCUUGCCUUGCGCGCUUGGCGAGACGCAUCAUGCACUUACCAGACCUGUGGCAAUCAAACUGGAAGGCAGCCCUCAGCUCUCCAGUCAAAGGAUGGCAGAUUUUCACAUGUCGACGAGAUCCGGACGAGAGUCUGCGAAAGCAAGCCGAAGACAAAGGCUUCAAUUCCAACCAUGCCGUUGUUGCAGGCAAUGUCUGCUUGGCGAGGAGUCGUUCGAGCUCGGAGGGCCAGAAACAAGUCCUGA